AUGUCGACUCCGCAAUCCAAGGAUUCCAUCGGAAAAUUAAAAGGUAUGGAGGGAGUGAUCUGCAUUGGAGAAGAAUAUGAAACGUCGCAAGUUUCAUUUGCGGAGGUUUGGGCUGCUAAAUGGGGAAGGAGGAAGAGAGCUUAUAGAGUUACAUUUUUACCCUCAAUUUUAACAGUCAACAAACAGAUAAAUCAAUGGACGAUUAGGUUGGGUAAAGAGUGCAUAAUUGAGGACUCAAUCGGAUUUCUACUGCUUAUUGGUACUGUUUUUACUGUUUUUGCCUAUUUGGACCUCUUUUACGUAUUUAUGUCUACCGAGAAUACAUCCAUCACGCAAAAUCUACCUACUUCAAGCAGUAUGGUUGGUGAAAGUAAUGAAGUGCAACAAACUGAAGGAAUAGAAUUAGAUUUAGGUGAUCAUAAUACACUCCAAAAUGAAGAUGUAGAACAACAAUCAGAUUUUCAAACAAACAAGAGGAAAAAAACUUCAAGUGUGUGGGUUGAUUUUGAAGUGAUCAAUGUAGAUGGAAUAAAGAAGGUAAAGUGCAAUCAUUGUCAUCAUCACUUUGCAUUAACUAAAACUGGAACAACAACUAGCUACAAGAGGCAUCAAGAGAAAUGUGUUAAGAGAAAGGCAAACUUAUGGGUGGUUGAUCAACAAACUAAGUUGAAUUUUUUGCCUAGUGAUGGAGUUUCAUCUUCCCUUCCGCCAUUACAUCAUGGGAAGUUUGACAUGGAAGCAAUGAGAGAGUCUGCGGCUCAUUGGAUCAUGAUGCAUGAACAUCCAUUUAACAUUUUGGAGGAAGUCGGAUUUAACAUCAUGAUGAAACGAGGAAUGCCAGAGUGGAGAAAGAUUAGUAGAAGCACAAACAAAUCAGAUUGUUUGAAAGUUUAUGAGCUUGAAAAGAAAAAGUUGAAGUACAAUCUUGAAUCCGUUAGCAAAGUAAGUUUGACAACGGAUUGUUGGAAAUCAAAAAACCAGAAGAUUGAGUACAUGGUUGUGACUGACCACUGGAUUGAUUCUAGUUGGAAAUUGCAGAAGAGAGUUUUAAGCUUCAUCAAUAUUCCACCACUGAGGGGAUGUCUUCAGAUAUGUGAUGCUAUAUUUAGGUGCAUGAAAGAUUGGGGUAUUGAAAAGAAGGUUUUUACAAUUACGGUUGAUAAUGCUACUAGUAAUGAUGCUGCAAUUCGGUACAUGAAGGAUACACUUCAAAGAUCAAGAAGUUUGGUAUGUGGAGGUCGUUUAUUUCAUGUUCGAUGUUGUGCACACAUUUUAAACUUGUGUGUUCAAGAUGGAUUAGAAGAGAUUCGACAUGUCAUUAGGGAUGUUAGAGAUAGUGUCGAAUAUGUGAAUCGAUCGGAGGCAAGACGUAUACAGUUUGCAGAUUGUGUGCAACAAUUACAGUUGAAAGAUAGAAAAUUGAUCCGUGAUUGUAAAACAAGAUGGAACUCGACUUUUGAGAUGCUAAGUUGUGCACUCAAGUUUAAAGAAGCCUUCAAGAUGUUAAGUGAUCGUGAUCCAUUUUUUGACAGUUGUCCGUUAGAAGAUGAAUGGGAUAAAGUUACCAAGGUUUGCUCUAUUUUAGAGGCUUUCUGGACAGCUACUCACAUUAUUUCAGGUUGUGAGUACCCUACUUCAAAUUUAUUUCUUCAAGAAGUUCAAAAAAUCAAAGCAGCCUUGGAUAGUCAUGCAAAUGAUGAGGAUUCCUUUAUUAAGGAUUUGGUUGGGAAAAUGAAAAUGAAGUUUGAUAAAUAUUGGGGUGAGUGUAAUUUGUUGAUGGCUAUAGGUGCUGUUUUUGAUCCAACAAAGAAGAUGCUUGCUGUUGAGUUUUGUUUUCCUAAACUGUAUUAUGAUAACGAAGCUAAGGAAAACAUUUCAAAAGUGAAAGAGAUCAUAAAUACUCUUUAUGAAGAGUAUGUUGUUGAAGCAAUGAACAAAGACAUUUCUGAAAAUUUAGGUUCUUCUUCAACUUUUGGGAGCCAAGUAAGCCGUCAAAGUUCUACAUAUGAUUGGGAUGAUUUUGAUGAUUAUUGUGCUCAAGUUGAAACUUCAGAGCCUAAGAAAUCAGAGUUAGCAGACUAUCUUGAAAAAGGCCGUCUUAAGAAAAGUGAGAUUGUUGCAGACUUUUCUUGUUUGGAUUGGUGGAAGAUGAAUAGAAUGCACUAUCCAAUAUUGUCAAGAAUGGCAGCGGAUAUCUUAGCUAUACCUGUUAGCACGGUGGCUUCAGAAGCAACGUUUAGUGCGGGGACACGAGUAAUUGAUUCUUAUCGUGCAUCAUUGCUGCCGGAAACAGUACAAGCUUUACUUUGUGGGGGUGAUUGGCUUCGACAUAUACACGGAGUUACCAAAAACAAAAAAGAGAAAUCGUAUCAAGAAAUUUAUCUUCCUGUAUCCAACUCAUGA